CAUGAGCUACGGGUCACAGUAUCAGUGGGCUGAAGAUGACUUUCAGUCAGUAGGGGCAGUUCGGAUGACCCGACAACCAGAUAAUAAAAACACAUAUGUCAUGUACCAUGGAACCACUAGUGCCAAUGCUCAGAAAAUCUUGGCCUCUGGCUUUCAACGGUCGGCAGAUGGCAUGCUUGGUCCUGGUGUCUACCUCAGCAGAGAUCUCCAGAAAGCGAGCCGCUAUCCUAUUGGUCACCCUGAGAAUGACAAGGUCGUCAUUAGGGUUCUGGUCAACGUGGGAAAAGUGAUUGUCAUCAAUCGUCAAUACCACCCAAAUCAGAAGAAUUGGCAUGACCACGGAUACGACACUGCCUGGGUGCCACCAGACUGUGGAAUGGUGAAGAGUGGUUUGGAGGAGAAUUGUGUCUGGGAUCCCAGACGAAUCCAGAUCCAGAGUAUCAUCAAACCAACUGAAGAUGACUUUCAGUCAGUAGGUGCAGUUCGGAUGUUCCAACAACCAGAUAAUAACAACACAUAUGUCAUGUACCACGGAACCACUAGUGCCAAUGCUCUGAAAAUCUUGGUCUCUGGCUUUCAACGGUCGGCAGAUGGCAUGCUUGGUCCUGGUGUCUACCUCAGCAGAGAUCUGCAGAAAGCGAGCCGCUAUCCCAUUGAUCACCCUGAGAAUGACAGGGCCGUCAUUAGGGUUCUGGUCAACGUGGGAAAAGUGAUUGCCAUCAAUCGUCAAUACCAUCCACAUCAGAAGAAUUGGCAUGACUACGGAUACGACACUGCCUGGGUGCCACCCAACUGUGGAAUGGUGAAGAGCGGCUUGGAGGAGGAUUGUGUCUGGGAUCCCAAACGAAUCCAGAUCCAGAGUAUCAUCAAACCAAUUCGAACCCAGCACUACUCUGGAUCUGGUGCACAAGGCUACAUGGACAUCAACAUGAGCUACGGGUCACAGUAUCAGUGGGCUGAAGAUGACUUUCAGUCAGUAGGGGCAGUUCGGAUGACCCGACAACCAGAUAAUAAAAACACAUAUGUCAUGUACCAUGGAACCACUAGUGCCAAUGCUCAGAAAAUCUUGGCCUCUGGCUUUCAACGGUCGGCAGAUGGCAUGCUUGGUCCUGGUGUCUACCUCAGCAGAGAUCUCCAGAAAGCGAGCCGCUAUCCUAUUGGUCACCCUGAGAAUGACAAGGUCGUCAUUAGGGUUCUGGUCAACGUGGGAAAAGUGAUUGUCAUCAAUCGUCAAUACCACCCAAAUCAGAAGAAUUGGCAUGACCACGGAUACGACACUGCCUGGGUGCCACCAGACUGUGGAAUGGUGAAGAGUGGUUUGGAGGAGAAUUGUGUCUGGGAUCCCAGACGAAUCCAGAUCCAGAGUAUCAUCAAACCAAUCCCAAUUUUGGACUGA